CCGACUGCCAUGGACAACGGGUCAUGCUGUCUCAUAGAGGGGGACUCCAUCUCCCAGGUGAUGCCGCCGCUGCUCAUCCUGGCCUUCGUGCUUGGAGCCCUGGGCAACGGGGUAGCACUAUGUGGCUUUUGCUUUCACAUGAAGACCUGGAAGCCGAGCACUAUUUACCUUUUCAACUUGGCUGUGGCCGAUUUUCUCCUCAUGAUCUGCCUACCCUUUCGGACAGACUACUACCUCAGACGUAGACAGUGGAUUUUUGGGGAUAUUCCCUGUCGCCUGGUCCUCUUCAUGCUGGCUAUGAAUAGGGCUGGGAGCAUUGUCUUCCUCACUGUGGUGGCUGUGGACAGGUAUUUCAAAGUGGUCCACCCCCAUCAUUUGGUGAAUGCCAUCUCCAAUCGGACUGCAGCUGCCACCGUCUGCAUCCUCUGGACUUUGGUCAUCUUGGGGACUGUGUAUCUUCUGAUGGAGAGCCACCUGUGUGUGCAAGAGACGGUGUCGUGCGAGAGCUUCAUCAUGGAGUCAGCCAACGGGUGGCAUGAUGUCAUGUUCCAGCUGGAGUUCUUCCUGCCCCUAGCCAUCAUCUUGUUUUGUUCCCUCAAGGUUGUUUGGAGCCUGAGGAGGAGGCGGCAGCUGGCUAGACAGUCCCGGAUGAGGAGGGCCACCCGGUUCAUUGUGGUGGUGGCUUGUGUAUUCAUCACGUGUUACCUGCCCAGCGUAUUGGCUAGACUCUACUUCCUGUGGACGGUGCCCUCCAGCGCCUGUGACCCCGCUGUCCACAUAGUCCUCCACGUCACCCUCAGUCUCACCUACCUGAACAGCAUGCUGGAUCCUCUUGUAUAUUAUUUCUCAAGCCCCUCGUUCCCCAAAUUCUACGCCAAGCUCAAAAUCUUCAGUUUGAGACCCGAACACCAGGGAUGCGAGAACACACGGAGGUCAGAAGAGAUGCCAAUUUCGAACCUUUGUCGUAAGAGGUCUAUCGAUGUGGCAAAUAGUUCCCAAAGGCCAUCAGACGGGCAGUGGGAUCGCCAAGUGUGCUGAAUGGCACUAAGACAACCAGCCCCAAAGCAAAGGCAGAGAAACAGGCAACUGUGAGUUAAACUGUACCGAAGGGUGGGGGGCUUGAAAAAUGCCACCACUCCUUCUCAGCUGUGUCCUUCUCGCUCACGUGGAAAUGAAACCCAGUCACUCUAUCUUUUCUAGAAGG